UAGCAGGAAGGAGGCGGGCGAGAGGGUAGCGAGUGAACCUGGAAGACACAAGACUGGGAGUGAUCCACCACCACCUUCAGGACGGCUCCUGACUCGCGCUCGCCAAGCUCUCGCAACAGCAGGGGAAAAAGGUGGGUGGAUGCGGCAGAUGAAGGGUGCGGCGACAAAGACACCGCGAGUUUCUCAGGAGCUGGAGGACGUCAUGCAAGCCAUCCGAGAACUCAACAUCGACAGAGGGUCCGACCUAUGGGAAACAUUCAGGGACAUCUCCAAACAAGAAACGAGAUCCUUGGGCCCGAAGGGCUACAAGAUUUCUGCCAUUUCCGGGGCAGAGCUUGGAGUUCUUCCGGCCAGCGCCAAGAAGGCGCACGAUGUUCAAGCCGACGUGUGGCUAGUCGGCAGCCGCCAAGAGGCGGCCAACGGAUUCGAAGGCGUCGACGACGCCACAAAGAAGCUGACGACAGCGACCCAAGGCAACGACAACUCAUCUGCGAAAAUCGCUGAGGAGGCAGAUUUGGCGGGAGUGGUGAAGAGGUUGACCAACCUCUCCUUCGAGGAGACAGAAAAGGGAAGCCAGCGUGAAGACGCCAGCGAUGACGAGGAUGCCGCCCUCACGGUAGCGGAAGUUGCCCAAGCAGCCGCCGCCCUGGCAGACGCGGUAGCUGCCGCCGUCGCCGAGGCCGGUACCGGCAGCGGUUCCCCUGCGGUCUGCCAGCUCGACACCCCGUGCUGGCGGGCGUCCACGUUAGCGGAUUUCACGACCGAUGGCCGCUUGCCGGAAUGGGGAGUCUCCGAGGCGACGUGA